AUGGGCGCCGCGACUUCAGACAGAACGGCCGCCGCCGAAUGCAUCUCGGACGAUGCCCUCAUCCACCUAAAGUCCUACAAAUACUCGGCUGUCGACAAGUCGCCCAUCUCCAACUACAUCCUCCGACCAUACUGGAAUGCCGCUGUUGAGCUCCUGCCGCUCUGGUUGGCCCCGAACAUGGUCACCCUCCUGGGCUUCUUCUUCAUCCUCGGAAACAUUGGUCUUCUGGUCAUCUUCAUGCCCGACUUGGUCGGACCGGGCCCCUCAUGGCUGUACUUUAGCUUCGCUUUCGGCCUGUUCAUGUACCAGACGAUGGACAACCUCGACGGCAAGCAGGCGCGACGCACCGGCACAUCGAGCGGACUCGGCGAGCUCUUCGACCACGGCAUCGACUCCCUGAACUGCACCCUGGCCAGUCUUCUCGAGACCGCCGCCAUGGGUCUCGGCACUUCCAAGUCUGGCGUCUUCACCGCCCUCGUGCCCUGCCUGCCCAUGUUCUUCUCGACCUGGGAGACGUACCACACCCACACCCUGUACCUCGGCAGGAUCAACGGCCCUACCGAGGGCAUCCUGAUCGCCUGCACCUUCAUGGCCGUCUCCGGCAUCUACGGCCCCGGCAUCUGGACCGAGCCCAUCAUCAACAUCCUCGGCGACAAGGCCGAGCAGCACCUCUACGGCUUCCACUACCUGCUGGGCGACUAUUCGAUCCGUGACAUCUGGAUCGCCAUGCUUGUCUUCUCCCUCUUCGCCACCCACAUCCCCUUUUGCGUCCUCCACGUCAUCCAGGCCCGUCGCGCCCGCGGCGAGCCCGUCGCCCCCGUCUUCUUGGAGUGGACGCCCAUGACCGUCUUCACCCUCGCUAUCGGCGCCUGGGUCUACUCGCCCUACUCGGCCAUCCGCAGCGACAACCACCUCGUGCUGUUCUGCUUCAUCAUGGCCUUCGUCUUCGGUCGCUUGACCACCAAGAUGAUCCUCGCCCACCUGACGAAGCAGCCUUUCCCCUACUGGACCGUCAUGCUCGCGCCCCUCGUCGGUGGUGCUGUGCUCGCCAACCUCCCCCACCUCGGCUUCCCUGCCGUCAGCGCCCAAUUAGAGCUGUACUACCUCUACGCUUACCUCGUCUUCUCCGGUGUUGUCUACUUCCGCUGGGCCUACCUGGUCAUCACCAGCAUCUGCAACUUCCUGGGCAUCAAUGCUCUCACCAUUCCCAAGGAGAAGCAGCUGGCAAACAAGCAGGCAAUUGACGCUGCCAAGGCACCGCCUUUGACCAAUGGCCUCCUGAACGGGAUGAAGAAGGACUAA